AAAAGGAGUAAUCGCGAAUGCGAUUUUGGUUCAUUUUCAUCAUUUGCUCUCUGAAUUUUAAAAUUACCGUUAAUUCCGAACUCUAUAUAUUGCAUUAAAUUUGCAACAAAAGAAGUUAUUUUCUUCUACAGUGGACUAAGUAGAUGUGUGUAGCUCAUGUAGAACAAUUUUCUUUAAUUUGACUUCGUUUGUUAAGUUAUUUUGCGCGGGAAGCCGGGAAUUGCCUCUAAAAUCUUGUAAUGAGAAUUGAACCUGAUUUUUAAGCCCUUCGUCAAGAUGACUGAUGCUUUGUGCCAUUUGGUUGUGGACGGCAACGACGUAUUAGAAAUAAAAUUAGUGAGGUCUCCAGACGAUAUUGAGGAUGAAGAAACCAGUUUUGCUCCAGAGAUGUGCCACCAAGUGUUUGGCGAAAAUGAAAAUAUUUUUGGCUACACAGACUUGCGUAUACGGCUCUACUACACUGCUGGGAGUCUUCAAACGUAUCUCGGAAUUCAAUACUCUGAAAAGAUUGAGCCCAGUAUUUCUGAAGGCAUGAAAGCUGAUGAUGUAGAAGGAGCUAUGAAAAAAAUCUUGGCACCUGGUUAUACAACAAAUUUGGACCAGUUUGUCUCAUUGUUAGAAAAGGACAAAGCAUUCAGGCCCAUGGGAAAAAUGCUACAUUCCUUUACAGCCACUCCCCAUGAAGGGGGAGACAAACAUACAUUUGAAGUGUACUUGUGUGACACAACCACGCCAGGCUUCCUUGUCUUCCAUGAGCGGCUGCAGACGUUCCUGCUGUGGUAUGUGGAUGCGGCCUCCUUCAUUGAUGUAGAUGAUGACCAAUGGACCUUCUUUACAGUAUUCGAGAAGUACCCUACGAGCGAGGGCGGGUACGCGUACGCGGCGGCCGGGUACGCGACGGUGUAUCGCUACUACGCGUACCCAGCGCACGCGCGCCCGCGCGUGUCGCAGGUGCUCACGCUGCCGCCCUUCCGCAAGCUCGGCGUCUGUGCCAAUCUGCUUACGGCCAUCUAUUCACACUUCGUAAUACUUCCAGAAGUAAUUGAUAUGACUGUAGAAGAUCCAUCAGAAGAUUUCCAGCGUAUCAGAGAUUAUGUAGAUUGCAAAAAUUGUGAAACACUGCCAGCAUUUUAUCCAGCAAAGCUUUAUCAAGGGUUUUCGCCUGAGAUGGUGUCGCAGGCGUGCACCAAGUUUAAGAUCAAUAAGAAGCAGGUGCGGCGCGUGUACGAGAUCCUGCGCCUGCGCGCGACCAACACGUCCGACAAGGCGCAGUACCUGCAGUACCGGCUCGACGUCAAGAACAGGCUCAACGCUCCCUUCCAGAAAAAGAAAUUAGAAAUGAAGAAGCUGGAGAAAGUGCUGAAACCGGAAGAGUACGCGGCGACGCUGAGCUCGCUGGGCGUCAACGAGACGCAGGGCCGCCUCGCCAGCCAGUACCUCGCGCUCGAGGCCGACUACCGCCGCGUGCUGCACCGCCUCGAGCACGACUAACCCGACACACGGCUCCACUACCAC